AGACAACAACAAUGAUAGCUCUGCUGCUGCUGGCGCUCGUCCCUCACUGCUUCCCUCUGCCUCUGUCUCCCCGGGACAACGACAACCAGCUUUUAGCAGAGAAGUACCUCCGCCGGUUCUAUGGCCUUCCUGCUGGUCUCCAGGGAAGACAUAGCUCAUCAGGAGCCUUUAAGACAAAGAUCGAGGAGAUGCAGAGCUUCUUCAAACUCAAGGUGACGGGGAAUCUGGAUGACAACACUGUGGAGCUGAUGAAGCAGGCCAGAUGUGGUGUGCCAGACAUCGGGGAGUACAACCACUUCCCUCGACACCUUAAAUGGCAAAACAACAAUGUCACUUUCAGAAUAACAAAUUAUACACCAGAUUUGAAAAAGUCUGAUGUAGACAGAGCCAUCCGCAAUGCACUGAAUGUUUGGUCUGAUGUCACCCCUCUGACCUUUAAGAAGCUGCACAGUGGCAUCGCUGACAUCAUGAUCAGUUUUGGCUCAAAAGAGCAUGGAGACUUCAACCCUUUUGACGGACCUAAUGGCCUGCUGGCUCACGCCUACCCACCCGGCCAAGGCAUCGGAGGAGACACUCACUUUGAUGAGGAUGAACACUGGAGCAAGGACUCAUCAACUUACAACUUGUUUAUAGUGGCGGCCCAUGAGUUGGGUCACGCGCUUGGUAUGUCCCACUCCUCGGACGCGGGGGCUCUGAUGUACCCCGUCUACUCUUACGCUACAGGCUACCCACUGGCUGAGGACGACAUUGAAGGCAUUCAGGCGCUCUAUGGUCCAAACCCAAACCAAAGAAAAGUGAAGCCUAAACCUGAUGCACCAGACAAAUGUGACCCCAUGCUAACCUUUGACGCUGUAACAGAGCUCAGAGGGGAAACCAUCAUCUUCAAAGACAGAUUCUACUGGCGUCUCCACCCUCAGAUGCCAGAGCCUGAGCAGACGCUGAUCAAGUCCACUUGGCCGUCGAUUCCUAACAAGAUAGACGCAGCAUAUGAGAAUGCAGAGAAGGAUAUUGUCAUGAUAUUCAGUGGGAUCAAAAUUUGGGCUUUGAAUGGAUAUAACCUUGUGGAUGGUUACCCAAAGUACAUACAUAAACUUGGACUUCCCAAGAAAAUACGGAAGAUAGAUGCGGCCGUGCACAUUGGAGAUACCGGGAAAACUUUGCUGUUCACCGAUGAGGACUAUUGGAGUUAUGAUGAAGCCACAGGCACCAUGGACACUGGCUACCCACAACCCAUUGAGGAAGAUUUCCCUGGGAUGGAUGAUGAGGUUGAUGCCGCUGCUUAUCACCAUGGGUACUUGUAUUUCUUCCAUGAACACAUGCAGUACGAGUACAGUUACACCUCGAGAAAGGUCAUUCGCAUCAUGAGGACCAACUCCAUGCUCAACUGUUGAUGAGGUGGUCUGCAUCGACAUCCAACAACACACACAAACAUCACUCCAUGAGAUGCCGGGAGAUGAUUGAACGAGCUGUAAAAUGGACUGAUGAGGGGGAAAGUGUUGAAUUGAAAAAUGUUUAUUUCCACUAGUGCUGGACACCUGUAGGUCACCUUGUUUGUCAGACAAAGAAUGCUGGAAAAUUCCUCAAAGAAAUAUGUAUACUACAUUAGAUUAUUUCUAUUUAUUGUAAUUUUCUACUACAAGUCUCUCUAUGCACUGCAAGAAGCUCUGCAGGUUACGUUUCUUGUCAGUUACAGUUGACUCGGCUGUUGUUUGAGACAAUUAUUUGACUACUUGUUUCACAUCUUGAGUGAUUCAACAAAGAUUGUAUUUGAUUUUUUUGUGCUUAGAUUUCUGUUCUGUGAAUAACAAUAAAACAUUUUAAAAGGCAUAAAAA